UUUUCCAUGAGCACAAGAAAUUUGAGUCUAAUUGAAAUGAAAAUUCUCUUAUGAAUCGAUGGUCAACCAUUCAACUUGCCAUGAAUAAGUUUUGUGGGUGCUAUGCCCAAAUUGAAUCAUUGCAUCAAAGUGGCAUAAAUGAGGAUGACAAGAUUUGCAAGGCGAAAAUUAUGUACAAGGAACUCAAGAAAUCUACAUUCCAAUUCGAACACUGCUGGAUUAUGUUAAGGGAUCAACCAAAAUGGGUGGUAGAGUCUGAGAAGAAAAAACAACAAAAAAGACCAAGAACAGGGACAACCUCUUCUCCUUGUACUCCGAAUUUGAUAAAUCUAGGGGAAGACGAUGUCUCACCUAAUGCUUUCGUAGACUUGGAGAGACCAACCGGUAGGAAGGCUGAAAAGAAGCGAUUGAAUAAACGAAAGAACAAAGAAAGCGUACAUUCGAGUAUUACAAAAACUUUGGAGGACACCAAGCAAGACAAAAAGAAAAAUGAUUGACAAGAAAAUUGAAAUGAUUGACAAAGUGUACGUUCAAAAACAAGUGGAACUUCGUAUUAUGCAAGAAAAGCAUAAGGUGGAACUUGAAAAGCAUGAAAUGAAACUUUUCAAAGAGGACGAAAGAGUUAUUUUGAUGGAUCUCAAUGGCUUAAAGGAAAUCCAACAAGAAUUUUAUCGUGCUCGGCAGAUGGAAAUCAUUAAGAAAAGAAGAA